UCGGAGAAAGUUCUUGUGAUUGGAAUUUGGGGUAUGCCUGGAAUUGGCAAGACAACAAUUGCUACUACUCUUUUUCAUGAGUGCUCCUCAGAAUACGAAGGUCAUUGCUUCUUAGCCUUUUCAAAAAAUUUAGAAGGAAAAGGUAUUAAUCACGUAUGCGCUAAACUUCUUUCUCAAUUGUUAAAUCAAGAUCUUCGUAUCGAUAAUAUUCGAGUAAUACACUCUAGUAUUAUCCGUAAAAUCAAGCAUAGGAAGGUUUUUGUUGUGCUAGAUGAUGUGACUAAUUCACAAAUUGUAGCUGAUUUAAUUCAACUCUUUCGUAGUUGUAUGAGUUCUGGUAGCAAAAUUAUUUUGACAACAAGAGAUAGAAAUGUACUUACAAGUGGAGGAGUUGAAGAAAUCCAUGAAGUAAAGGAAAUGAAUUUUGAGGACUCUCUUACACUUUUUAGCUAUAAUGCCUUUAGUGGUUCUCAUCCUAAAGAGAAUUAUUAUGAGCUAUCAACAAGAGUCGUAGCGGAUUAUGCCAAAGGAAUACCAUUAGCAUUAAAAAUUUUGGGAUCAUUUCUUCGGACCAAAGGAAAAAGUGAAUGGGAUAGUGCAUUGAGAAAAUUACACAUAGGGAUAAAAGGCUUAUUGGACAAGUCUCUUGUAAGUAUUUAUUCAUAUAAUAAGGACAAAUACAUAAAAAUACAUAGCUUGAUACAGGAAAUGUGUUGGAAAAUCAUUCAUGAAGAAUAUAGUAAAAAUAGUGGUCAACAAACAAGACUGUGGAAUACCGAAGAAGUCUGCAAUAUAUUCCAAGAUGAAAGAAAUAUUCAUGGAGUUGAAAGCAUGAUUGUGGAUAUGAAUGAAAUUACAAUAGAUCCACGUAUAAUCAUCGUUGCAUUAAGGAAGAUGCCAAAGUUAAGGUUACUUGCUUUAAAAGGAAAUAUCAACAUGGAUCUUGAAUGGAACAGAGUGCUUGUAGAGGAUUUUCAACUUCCUAAUGACUUAAGAUAUAUUGAGUGGAAUAAAUGCCCACUUAAAUUUGUGCCGUCUAUUUGUUGGCCUCAAAAACUUGUUCAGCUUUCCAUGCGAGAUAGCAAUGUUGAAAAACUUUUGGGAUACAACAUAGAAUCUACCAAGUUUGGAGUUUCUUGA